AUGGCUGAUACGUCGAACACAGCCACCUCGGAUGACCACCUAUCGGGAACAUUCAGUCCUACCGCAGUAUGUGGCAUGGCCCUUAGGCUUCCGGGGGCAAUCAGCAACCCAGCUCAAUUCUGGGACUUCUUGCUAGCCUAUGGCGACGCCCGCGCACGCGUUCCCUUAUCUCGAUACAAGAUUGACAGCCACUACUCCAAGUUUGACAAAGAUGGCUUAAUCAACACCGAGUAUGGAUACUACUUGGACCACAACCCCGGGGACCUCGAUACCUCGUUCUUCAGCUUUACAAAAGCGGAGCUCGAUGCCGGUGAAGUCCACUAUCGCGGCAAGAAUAUUGGCUGCUACGUCGGCUCCUUCAGCGACGACUGGACCGAGAUCCUCUAUCAUGAUCUCCAGAUGUACGGCAAGUAUCCGCUCGCUGUGGGCGGAGACUUCGCCGUUCCCAACCGGAUCUCCUUCGAGUAUGACUUGCGCGGGCCUAGCAUGAGCGUGCGCACAGCCUGUUCGUCGGCGCUGGUGGCUCUCGACCAGGCAUGCGCGGCAAUGACCCGCGGCGAAUGUGAUGCCGCCAUCGUCGGCGGCACGCAAUUCAUCCUGUCGCCUACAAUGACCGGGAUCAUGUCGGCUAGAGGGGUACUGUCCGCAGAUGGGGCCUGCAAGUCCUUUGAUGUCACUGCCAACGGCUAUGGGCGCGGGGAGGCCAUCAAUGCGGUAUUUCUCAAACCUCUGGCGGCGGCGGUGCGAGACCGCAAUCCGAUCCGGGCCGUGAUCAGGGGCACUGCAACCAACGCCGACGGCAAAUCCACCGGAUUCACUGUGCCCAGCGCCGAAGCCCAGCAAAAGCUGAUCAGGCAGGCGAACUCUGUGGGAGAUCCCAUCGAGGCGCGAGCGGUUGCCGACACUAUGGGCGAUGGCCAGAUCUUCAUCGGAUCGGUGAAGCCAAAUGUGGGACACUCCGAGGGUGCAUCCGGUCUCACUUCCCUUAUCAAGGCGGUGCUGGCUCUCGAGAACCGCACCAUCCCGCCGAACAUUCGUUUCACCGUUCCGAAUCCAAACAUCCCGUUCCGCGAGGGCGGGCUGAUGGUGCCGACCGAGCCAAUCCCCUGGCCUGGAGAUCGAGCUCUCCGAGCUGGCGUCAACAGCUUCGGGCUCGGCGGUGUCAAUGCCCACGCUAUUCUCGAGUCGGCCGAAUAUCUGACUCCAGUGCAUUCGCCAUGCGAGCGCAAAGAUCCUGGACCUUCGUUGCUAUGCUUUUCGGCAAAUACCCCGGAGUCACUGGCAGACCUCAUCCAGAGAAAUCACGAGUUUCUGGCAAACCAUCCCGAGUCCCUGCCUGAUCUUGCAUACACGCUGGCCGCCAGGCGGGUCCAUCUCCCGUUUCGAGCUGCAUCCAUGGUCUUGAACGAUAGGUCGCUUCGGACUUCGGUCUUCUCGCGUACUCCAGCUCAGCCACAGGAUGUUGCCUUCGUGUUUACAGGGCAGGGGGCGCAAUGGCCCGGCAUGGGCUACCAGCUUUAUCAAGCAAACCGCUCCUUUCGAGAGUCCUUACAACAGUCGGACCGAUUCAUCCAUGAGUUGCCCGAGGCUGCGUCAUGGUCGAUCGUGGAGGAAAUCCAAAAGCCACCGGAGGACAGCAAUCUGCACAAGGCGUCGUACUCGCAGCCGAUCUGUACCGCAAUCCAGGUCGCGCUGGUAGACGCCCUUGCUGAGCUCAGCAUGACCCCGAUUGCAGUGCUCGGUCAUUCAUCUGGCGAGCUAGCCGCGGCAUAUUCUGCUGGAAGAAUAUCUGCUCGUGAGGCCGUGAUUUGUGCCUUCUAUCGUGGGGUGGUAUCCGAAGAGGUGAAUGCCGAUGGAGGGAUGUGCGCGGUGGGAAUGGGGACAGUUGAAACGACACCGUUCUUGAGACCGGGCGUCGUCAUUGCCUGCGAAAAUUCACCUACGAGUGUGACUAUUUCCGGCGAUCUUAUUCCUCUGGAGGAGACCAUGAAAGAGAUCCAAGCUUCGCACCCAGGGGUGUUGGUACGACGCCUCAGAGUAGACACGGCCUACCACUCACCACAUAUGACCCAGGUGGGAGCAGGAAGUCAGUGGCCUUUUCUUCCGCGGUCAAAGGCCACCUGCUUCCAGCCUCAGAGACACUGGGAUCAGAUUACUGGCAGCGGAAUUUGGAGUCGCCGGCGGUUCCUCCAGGGCUUUCAAGCAAUCACUGACACUUUCACACAAUCACUCCUGUUCAUUGAGGUUGGCCCACACUCAGCGCUCGCAGGUCCGAUUCGUCAGACCUUCGAUAAAAAGUCUCUGAACCACCAAUAUCUAUCAUGUCUGUCAAGGUCUAAGCCCUGUGAUGAGUCAUUUCUCACACUUAUCGGCGAGCUCUUUGCGCGGGGUCAUCCUCUAGACUAUCAAGCACUUACCGACCCUGACAAAACCGCCAGAGUUCUUCCCAAUAUCCCAAGCUAUCCUUGGCAUCACCCAUCCGCGACCAUCUAUGCGCCUCGAAGCAUCGAAGACUGGAAGUGGUCGAAGUUCCCCAGGCACGAACUGCUAGGUAUCCGGGUAAACUACAGUACCGACGAUCAGCCAAGCUGGCGCAACGUCCUGUUCUCUGCCCAUGUUCCAUGGCUGCAGGAUCAUCGGGUGACAGGGAAUGCUGUUUUCCCUGCUGCCGGCUAUAUUGCCAUGGCAAUAGAGGCUGUGCGGCAGGUUGAUAAUACCGAAGCGAAGGGGUUCUGCAUCCAAAAUGCACGGCUCAGCAAUGCCAUGGUGUUAGACCGAUAUAACACGACAGAAAUUAUAACCUCGUUGCGGAGGCAGUCCGCGGGGAAUACCUACGACUUUACCAUCAGUUCACACAACGGUGCGUCAUGGGUGCAACACUGCGCUGGUCAGGUGCAGCGCGGAGCUCGGUUCUCUCGUCUGCAAGAGCCCGACUGCCACCACGACCAUCUACCUCGGUUGGUGGACCCAGCCCGAUGGUACCGGACUCUGAGCCGAGCGGGGGUCGAGUACGGAGCCAUCUUCCAAGGCGUGGAGUCGCUGCGCUCGUCGACCUCCCAGCACCGAGCCUCUGCCCGGGUAGUGUCAACGCUCCCGGAGACCGUCUAUUAUCCCAUUCAUCCUACGAUGCUAGAUGCGUGUUUCCAGGCGGUUUACGCAGCCAGGUAUCAAGGGCUAGAUUGGGGGAUCGGCCGGCUCCCCGUCCCUACGGACUUCGGAGAGGUCAACAUCGCAGAUUGCGCGACGAGGCUAGAAUGCACGGCAUGGGCCCAACCGCUAGGCAGAGGCGUGGUCAGCACGAGAGGCUCGGCUACUGCGCUCGAUGGCACGAUGGCUUUGUCCUUCGACGAUACGUUUCUUCGCCCUGUGGGUACAGAACUUCCAGGGAAGUAUGGCUCUGGAACCGGGACAAGGCUUCAUUGGGGGAAGGAAUUUGCCUUCCUCUCCCUCUCUGAUCUUGUUUCGUCUCCGCCUGGGUUGAGGGAUAGUACGAUCCUCCUGGAUCGACUUACGAAGGCAUGUAUUGCAGAGAGCAUCGCUCGUCUCGAACAGCAGAAGGUUAUGACCGCAACCACGCCGCAUCUGCAGAAGUAUUAUGACUGGCUCCGACUGCAACAACAAAGACUCGCCAUUGAGUCCGAGACCUGGGUCCUGGAGGAGAUAGCAGGCCAAGCGGCGGCGACCUCAGCAGCUCCCUGUGCUGACGCCAUGGUCAAGGUCGUCACUAACAUUGUCCCUAUGUGCAAAGGUCAGGUCGAUCCUCUGGAGGUGUUGAUGAGCGAUGACACCCUGCUGGAGAUGUACAAUUACCUGAACCAGGUCGACCGGGGUCCACUGUUUAGGGCUCUUGGCCACCAUCAUCCGGGGCAGCGCAUCCUUGAAAUCGGCGCUGGCACGGGGGGAACGACAGCCCAGAUACUUCCCGAGACACUCUACUCCACCUACACUUUCACGGAUAUCUCGGCGGCCUUUUUUCCUGCCGCAAGGGGGCGCUUCAGCGAUUAUCCAAAUAUGAUCUUCAAGACCUUGGAUAUCACUUCGGAUCCCAUCAGCCAAGGUUUCCAGCCGGAAUCAUUUGACCUGAUCAUCGCCUCAAACGUUCUACAUGCCACGCCCAGUCUUCGAGAGACGCUUGCCAACGUCCGGCGCCUGCUCCAUCCCGGUGGCAAACUCCUAGUCGAAGAGCUCUGCGGUGAAACCAAGUAUGCCAAUAUCGUGACGGGCGUCUUGCCGGGGUGGUGGCCUGGGGAGAAGGAUGGCCGAGCCAACGAGCCAUACAUCGACCCCAUGAGAUGGGAACAGGAGCUGCGAGACGCCGGCUUCAACGGGCUGGAUGACCUAGCCUUCAACACCACGCCUCCCUUGCAAAACACGGCCUAUAUGCUAGCUAGUCCCCGCUUGACUGACCCCGUGGUGGCAAAGAACCAUCAAGCCGUUCUGGUCGCCGACGCUGAUUCCAUCGAGACGGCAAUCAUGCUGCAAAAGCAGCUCCGCGCCCGCGGAUACGAGGUCAGGAUCCAAUCCAUGGGUGCACCUCUCCCGGCGUCGCAGGACGUCAUUAUCCUGCUCGACACGGUCGAGCCAUUCUUCCACGGCAUCAACCAGUCGGAGCUCCUCGCGUACCAGGGGCUUCUACGUCAACUGCAGCAGGCGCACUCCGGCGCCCUAUGGGUGACGCGAUGCAGCCAGAUGGAAUGCCGUGAGCCCCGGUUCGCUUGCACCAUCGGCGUGGUGCGAACCUCCCGCGCGGAAUUCGGCCUCGAUCUCGCCACCUGCGAGGUGGAUACCGUCUCCUACGCGAGUGCCGGCCUGGUGGUCGACGUAUUCCGCCAGUUCCAGGCGCGGACGCAUGCGGGGGCGGGUCUGCGCGAGAUGGAAUAUGUCAUCCACCAGGGCUCGAUUUAUGUCGGGCGCUUGCUUCCUUUCUCUCUCGAUGAGGAGAUAAGAAGAUCUGGGCUGGUGUAUCGUGAUGAUCCCCGCUGCUCGAGGCUGGUGCUUGAUCCGGAGACGUGGAAUUGGGUCGCUCAUGAACACCCGCUCGUGCUUGAACCUGACGAGGUCGAAAUUGACGUCGAUACGGCCGGCGUGAGAUUUCCGGAGUCUGCCCAUUUGCUCGGAGUUGCUGAUAUUUCGGAUGCCGGGCUUGGGUGUGAUACUGCCGGAGUGGUACUACGGGUGGGCUCGCAGGUCAGGGACCUGUCCCCCGGUGAUCGCGUCAUCGCCUGUGAACCUGGAGCGCUGGCCACCUCCAUCAUUUCUCCACGCAGUAGCUGUGCAAAGAUCCCCGACGAUCUGUCUUUGGAGGAUGCCAGCACCCUUCCGUGGGCCUUCGCCACAGCGAUGUACUCCCUGCUCCAGGUGGGACAACUGAACGAGACGCACACGGUUUUGAUCCAUUCCGCGUCCAGUGCUGUGGGGAGGGCUGCGGUUCAAAUCAGCCAGAUGCUCGGUGCUAAGACGUUCAUAACAGUCAUUGAUGAUGGGGAAGCGCAACGCUUGGCGAAGGAGUACGCAAUCCCAGAGGAAAGGAUCUUCGACGCUUACAGCCCUUCAUUCGUGCAGGCGACGAAAGAUGCUACCCACGGCCAAGGGGUAAAUUUGGUUCUCCACGCGUCUUCGUCGUCGGGUGAGCUGUUUGCAGCCUCAGGCGCAUGUCUCGCCCCAUGUGGGAAGCUUGUCUACCUCGCGGGCGAUGCGCGCAGCCAGCUGCCUGCGACGCUGUGCGUACCGAAUGCUUCAAUUAUCUCAGUCGAUGUGCUUCAUUACAUGAGAAUGCAGCCGGAAGAGGGGAGACGAUUACUCGAAAAGAUUGUUGGCCUGUACACCCAACACAAGAUUCGCCCGCUGACACCAAGGAAAACGCUCCUGGCUCGAGAAGCGGAAGAAUGUUUCAGGCUCGUGCAAAGUCGGCCGCAGCACGAUUAUCGCCAACUAGGGCUUUCGUUCUCCCGCGAAGACGCGAUACCCACUCCGACUCUCCCCGCAAGAACCGCCAAAUUCCGCAGCGAUGCGUCCUAUCUACUCGCCGGGGGGCUCGGGGGCCUGGGCAGUGAGCUCGCCCGCUGGAUGGUCCACCACGGCGCCCGACAUUUGAUCUUCUUCUCUCGUAGCGCUGGCACGACAGCACCACACGAGGACCUCUUCCGGGAGCUCCGGAGCCAGGGCUGCUCGAUUACCGUCGCUCAGGGGAGUGUCAGCAACCCCGACGACAUUGAAGCCGCUAUCGCCCGCACCGCCGCCCCAGUGCGGGGGAUCUUCAACAUCGCGAUGGUGCUCCGCGACGCGUCGCUGCUGGGCAUGUCGCUGGCGGAGUGGGAGGCCGCGACCGCGCCCAAGGUGACCGGCAGCUGGAAUCUGCACGAGGUGGCGCGCCGGCAUGCCCUCGACCUCGACUUCUUUGUGCUGUUCGGCUCCAUGUGCGGCGUCGUCGGUAUGCCGGGGCAGGCCAACUACGCGGCGGCCAACACCUUCCUGGAUGCGUUCGUGCAGUACCGGCACGCGCAGCGGCUCCCCGCGGCCGUCGUCGACAUCGGCGCCGUCGAGGGCAUCGGCCACGUCGCCCACAACCCGGCCAUCUUGGAGCGCUCGCGCUGGCUCGACGGCGCCGUCAUGUCGCCCCGCGACCUCUUCCAGGCCAUCACCCUCGCCAUCUCGGACUGCGGGCUGCCAGCUGGAGCGCAUCCUCCGCCUCCCACUCCGCAUGGGUACGUCAACCCCGCCCAACUCAUCACCGCGUUCCACCGCACCCCGCACUUCCGGGACGCCAUCCGCAACCGCGCCUCCUUCGUCGACCGGAGAUUAGCCGUCUACACCCACCCCCGCGCCGGGGAGGACGACUACGGCGCAGCAGAGGGCACCCCGGCGAGCGGUAGCAGCAACGGUAGCAGCGACGCCGCCCUCCAACACUUCCUGUCGACCUUGUCCCCUACCACCGACGCGAGCACAUGGGAAGCGGCGGCCACGACGACCUUCCUGGCCACGGAGAUCGCGAAGUGGAUCUUCGACCUGCUACUCAAGCCGGUUCAGGACGCGGCGGAGAUCGAUCUGGCGCGCUCGCUGGUGGAUCUCGGGUUCGACAGCCUGGCGGCGGAGGUGGAGCUGCGGGCCUGGUGGAAGGCGACUCUGGGGCUCGAGAUCAGCGUGCUGGAGAUCAUGGCGUCGGCGGAUUUGGCCGCGCUGGGGGCGCAUGCGGCGAGGGGGUUGAGGGCGCGGUUCGGUCGGGGGGGUGGGGAUGGCAGCAGUGGUGAAUAUGAUGGGAGAGGGUAG